UAAAGAUAUGUCUGGUGAAAUUUCUUCUUUAACCACUCCAGCCCCUUCUACCAGUGGGGAACAAUCAAUUGCUUAUGUAACGGCGCCUAGCGAUGAAGUUGCUAAAAAGAUAGCCCAUGGGUUGGUGGGUCAAAAAUUGGCUGCUUGUGUGAACAUAGUCCCAAAGAUAACUUCAAUUUAUGAGUGGGAAGGCAAAAUUAAUGAGGACUCUGAAGUGCUCAUGAUGAUCAAGACACGAACAAGUAGGGUAGAUGAAUUGACUGAGUUUGUCAAGAAGAAUCAUCCAUAUUCAGUUUGUGAGGUCAUUUCUAUACCCAUACAGAAUGGCAAUGAUGCUUAUUUGAAUUGGAUUAAUGAUGUAGUGCCAAAGAACUCAAAGAAGUAAUCUUGUAUGAUACCUUAUUUGUGAAGUAUUUUGAAAUUUGUUAGCUGUGAGAAACCAAGUAGGAAAUUGUGAUAAUUAUUCUCAUAGAAUACCUUUCAAGUUAUUAAAGUUCAAACACAUG